AUGAGCGGCAGAGGUAAAACCGGUGGCAAAGCAAGAGCGAAGGCCAAGACUCGUUCAUCCAGGGCAGGAUUGCAGUUCCCCGUCGGUCGUGUGCACAGACUUCUCCGCAAAGGCAACUAUGCAGAGCGCGUUGGUGCCGGUGCUCCUGUUUAUCUGGCCGCUGUGCUCGAGUAUCUGACCGCUGAAAUCAUGUGA